AUGAAAGUAACCUUCGCAAAAUUGACCAAGUUGUUCGCGACUACUGGGCCGAAGAAAGACGUAUGGCAGCGCAAAGAAGAAGGAGAGGAAAUUGAGAUUGUUGUCACCGGUUUGGGACUUGAAACGGAGCUGAGGCUGGGGCUUCCUGGAGGCGGCCGCGGCGGCGACGAGGUGGAGAUGAAUGAGAUUAAGAGAGUGUUUUCGGAUGUCUCUAGCGCCGGUGGCAGCAACGGGGAGGAGGAGGGGAAGUUAGAGGCGGUGGGAAGUAAGAAUCAAGUUGUGGGGUGGCCGCCGGUAGCGGCUUAUCGGAGGAAAAAUAACUUCGGUUGGACUAAGAUGUAA